GUCAAAACACCAAUUGAUGAUUAUCAGUCCAAUUGGGUGAAUUAAUUUUUUGCGGAUAACGAUUGGGAUUCGAAAAGUUAUUAUUUUUACAUCAGAAUUACUAAACGUGUUUAUACAAGCCGUACAGGACAAACAAAAUAAAAAUGAAGAAAAAGGUUUUACUAAUGGGCAAAAGUGGCUCGGGCAAAACCAGCAUGCGUUCGAUAAUAUUUGCCAACUACAUAGCGCGAGAUACGACGCGGCUGGGUGCAACCAUUGACGUAGAGCACUCACAUGUACGCUUUUUGGGGAACCUAGUACUCAACUUGUGGGAUUGUGGUGGCCAAGAGGGCUUUAUGCAGCAAUAUUUUGCUUCACAGCGAGACAACAUCUUUCGUAAUGUGGAAGUACUUAUUUAUGUAUUUGAUGUGGAGAGUCGCGACAUGGAGCGUGAUGUUCACUACUAUCAAUCGUGCUUGGAAGCAUUGCUACAAAAUUCACCAGAAGCAAAAAUAUUUUGUUUAAUACACAAGAUGGAUUUAGUGGCUGAAGAACAGCGGGAAACUUUGUUCAAGGAGCGUGAGCAUGACCUGAUACGUCUUUCAAAACCGGGCAACGUUACUUGCUUUCGCACCAGCAUUUGGGAUGAAACAUUAUACAGAGCUUGGUCCAGCAUUGUCACCAUGCUUAUCCCCAACGUUGCGGUGCUCGAGAACUCGCUCACCCACUUCGCCAAUGUUAUUGAAGCCGAUGAAGUGUUGCUCUUCGAAAAGGCUACCUUCCUAGUGAUUUCACAUUGCCAGAGUAAAAAGAAUCGCGACUCGCAUCGUUUUGAAAAAGUCUCCAACAUAAUAAAACAAUUUAAAUUAAGUUGCUCAAAAUUGGGCGCCAAAUUUCAAUCAAUGGAAGUGCGUAACAGCGCUUUUGCUGCUUUCAUAGAUACCUUUACAAGUAACACAUACGUGAUGGUUGUUAUGUCCGAUCCAACAAUACCUUCUGAGGCGACAUUGGUUAACAUACGUAAUGCGCGCAAAUCAUUUGAAGAAUUGGAAAAUCCAAAUAGCAACGCGAUGAAUCAUCAUCAGUAUCACUGACAUAGGGUGUAAGAUGCAAUGCACUGUAAAUGAGAGGGAAAGGAAGGAGAUAGGGUGGCAGCCAGUGCGCAAAUAAACAUACAUAUCGUCGUUUAAAGUACAAAACCGCGUAUGUGAGGUUGCAUAAAUUAUUUUUUAGAAAGUAAAAACAGUCAUAUUUCAAAAUGGUUCUCUUUUUUAUAAAGCAACCGCAUUUCUGGCUAAUAUAUUUCAGGACGAAUGGAUAAGGAUUGAGUCAAGAGCAAU